CUCAUAUAUUAUGUGGAAAAUUGUGAAGUAUUAUGGGACGGAGGAAGUUGUACAAUGUUCACUUCAAACGUUGCAACUUUCAAAACCAUAAAUCCACAUCCUCAAAUUCUCCUUCAUUUUUCUUCAAUCUUCCAACAAUUUCCCUCUUCUUCAUCAACACACAUUUUCCAGAAAACUCGAUUCUUCAACUUUUACUUAAUAGAAGUACAAAAUUUGUUUAUCAUUCCCUUCAUCUUCAUGAUCCUCCAUUGAAGUACAACAUUUGUUCAGCAAUGUACAAUAAAGCGUACACCCGAAUUUUCCAUAUCGCAAACCUGAAAACGAAAUUAGGAUUAGUCUUUUGUUCGAGAUGGUAUUCUACUACAGAAAAAGGAAAGAGAUUCGCUGCACUUUGGGGAAAUGGUGAUUACGGAAGAUUAGGGCUUGGAAAUGUUAAUUCUCAAUGGAAACCUGUUGCUUGCUCUGCUUUUAAUGGGGAUCUUCUUCGCUCUAUCUCUUGUGGCGGUGCUCAUACUCUUUUUCUCACAGAAUCUGGGCGUGUUUAUGCUUCGGGGCUCAAUGAUUUUGGACAGCUUGGGAUUUCAGAUGAUAAAGAUUACUCAAUGGAGCCCACUAAGAUUUCAGGUAUCAAGAAAGACGUCAAACAAAUUUUUGCAGGCUACUGUCACUCGUGUGCAAUUACAGUGGAUGGGGAGCUCUACAUGUGGGGGAAGAACUCUAAUGGACAACUUGGGCUUGGGAAGAGUGCACCAAAAGCAGUCUCUACACCAACAAUAGUCAAAUGCUUGACUGGGCUUAGCAUCGAAACGGCUGCUUUAGGUUCAGAGCACUCCAUUGCUGUUACUGAUGAAGGUGUCACUUUGAGCUGGGGAGGAGAAAAUUCUGGAAGACUUGGUCAUGAGCGUCAAUCUGGCUUAUUCAAUUUUAUAAGCUGCAAGAGUGAAUAUACUCCGAGGAUUAUCAAAAGACUAGAAGGCAUUAAGAUCACAGCAGUUGCUGCUGGCUUGAUGCAUUCAGCUUGUAUUGAUGAAAAUGGAAAUGUCUUUGUUUUUGGUGAGGGAAAACUGAAUAAGCUUAAUGCCAGAAAUUCAGUUGAUGUCACUAGACUACCAAUGCUGUCAGAUCUGCCAAUUGCCAAAGAUGUUGCCUGUGGUGGUUAUCAUACCUGUGUAAUAACAAGGAAUGGAGAAUUGUAUACUUGGGGCUCUAAUGAAAAUGGCUGCCUUGGCAUUGGCUGCACUGAUGUCAUUCAUUCGCCGGAGAGAGUGGAAGGCCCUUUUGUGAGGCAGUCAGUGAAUAAGGUUUCUUGCGGUUGGAAGCAUACAGCUGCCAUUGCAGAUGGAUAUGUUUUCACCUGGGGCUGGGGAGGUUCUCAUGGAACAUUCUCUGUGGAUGGUCAGUCUUCUGGUGGACAGUUGGGUCAUGGGACUGAUGUUGAUUACAUCGAGCCAACUGUCAUUGAUCUCAGCAGUGAUGUUAGGGCAUUGGAAGUAUCUUGUGGAUUCAAUCACACAGGUGCAAUUUUUGAAUACAUGUAACUUUCAGAAUAAGCCAUUUGACAGUCUGGACAUGUUAUAGCUUUUGUGACCUUGUCUUGGUGCUCUACACAUUGCGGUGUUUAUUACAUCUUACGUCCCCGUCAUUCAUUUCACCAAGUCAUGAGUUAGCAUCAACAUAUCUGUAUGCGGAGUGCCGACCAACUCAGUCUUUCUCCUGAGGGGUAAAUUUUUUCAUCUUCCUAAAAUUCAUUAAUUAGUAUGAAUGUAUGUUUUACCUGUAUUUUAUAAAUGUAAAUGCAAAUGUGAUAUCAUCCACUCUUGUUGGAUAAGACUGCAGGAUUUUGUACCAUCAAACCAACUUACAAGUACAUAAUUGUUGAGAACUAAAUAAGCUUUGAUUGUUCAAACUACUGCAUUUUUGUUUACAAUAAAAUGCAUUUGAAGAUAAUAUUAACUCAGCAGUCAAGGUCGAUACUUUUGGAUUCGAAGUUUUUUUGCUUUUGAUGAUGAAACUGUGUUGUUGUUUAUUGUAGUCGUGUUUCAUACUCGUGGAUCCUGCUUUUAUCAUCUUUUUGUUGUACAAGGAAUAGAAAAGGUAGUUAUACAGAUGAUACCGAGCUGCUUCUACCGUUAAGGUAACGACUUCACUCUAGUCGCUAGCCCUGCCUUCGGCAUCCCCCUCCUUACGGUUAAGGUAACGACUUCGGGCAUGGCCAGCUCCCAUAGUGUGACGGGCGGUGUGUACAAGGCCCGGGAACGAAUUCACCGACGUAUGGCUGACCGGCGAUUACUAGCGAUUCCGGCUUCAUGCAGGCAAGUUGCAGCCUGCAAUUCGAACUGAGGACGGGUUUUUGGGGUUAGCUCACCCUCGCGGGAUCGCGACCCUUUGUCCCGGCCAUUGUAGCACGUGUGUCGCCCAGGGCAUAAUGGACAUGAUGACUUGACGUCAUCCUCACCUUCCUCCGGCUUAUCACCAGCAGUCUGUUCAGGGUUCCAAACUCAACGUUGGCAACUAAACACAAGGGUUGCGCUCGUUGCGGGACUUAACCCAACACCUUACGGCAUGAGCUGACGACAGCCAUGCACCACCUGUGUCCGCGUUCCCGAAGGCACCCCUCUCUUUCAAGAUGAUUUGCGGCAUGUCAAGCCCUGUUAAGGUUCUUCGCUUUGCAUCGAAUUAAACUACAUGCAUCACCGCUUGUGCGGGCCCCCGUCAAUUCCUUUGAGUUUCAUUCUUGCGAACGUACUCCCCAGGCGGGAUACUUAACGCGUUAGCUACAACACUGCACGGGUCGAUACGCACAACGCCUAGUAUCCAUCGUUUACGGCUAGGACUAUGUUAAUGGCAGAAAGAAGGUAUUCAAUGAAGUUACUUACCACAGAUAUCUUGAAAUAUUGUUUGAUGUUUUUGUAUGUUGUGUUAGUUCAUCUAAUUCAGUUAAAAACUUGAUAAAUAUUGUUGGUUAACGGAUUGUCUUGUUAAUA